GCUAGUUCCGUGAGCGCUCGGUCAUUUUCGCCUCUUUGUUUUACUGAUAGUGGAUUUAACUCGGAUCCGGCUCCACAUCCAGCGGUCCUGGCGGCUUUUAAACAGGCUUCGAUGAGAGGCUCUCCAUGAUGAGCAGCUAACAGCAUCUGCUACAACCACAGGACGAUACGUGGCUGCUGCUCCAUCACGGUCCACGCAUGGCGGUCCUCGGGAACCCCGACAUGCUGACGAGGAAGAUCAAGCUCUGUCACAUCAACGCCCACAUCACCUGUCGCCUGUGUGACGGAUACCUGAUCGACGCCACCACCGUCACCGAGUGCUUACACACCUUCUGCAGGAGCUGCCUGGUGAAGUACCUGGAGGAAAACAACACGUGCCCCACGUGUAGGAUUGUUAUUCAUCAGAGCCAUCCACUGCAGUACAUCGGCCAUGACAGAACGAUGCAAGACAUCGUCUACAAACUGGUCCCGGGGCUUCAGGAGGCGGAGAUAAAGAAGCAGAGGGAGUUCUAUCAGAAGUUGGGCAUGGAGGUGCCCGGAGACAUUAAAGGAGAGCUGUGCAACAUGAAAACUCAUCUAGAUCAACGCAACGGUGAUGCCAAAUCGGAGGACACGGCCAACAAGGAGACGGGAGAGGAGAAACCAGAGGAGGACAACGACUACCACCGUAGUGACGAGCAGGUCAGCAUUUGCUUGGAGUGCAACAGCAGCAAACUCCGGGGGCUGAAGCGCAAGUGGAUCCGCUGCUCAGCACAAGCCACCGUCCUCCACCUCAAGAAGUUCAUCGCCAAAAAGCUCAACCUGACAUCGUUCAACGAGCUGGACAUUUUAUGCAAUGAAGAAAUCUUGGGAAAGGACCACACUUUGAAAUUUGUUGUUGUGACGAGAUGGAGAUUUAAGAAAUCUCCGCUCCUGCUUCAUUACAGACCCAAGAUGGACCUGCUGUAGCUACAACGGACACAAUGGUUGUUUUAUUAUUAUUUUUAUUAUUAUUAUUAUUAUAAUAAUUAUCAUUUUGUUGGCCCAGCGGCCACGGACUGUACCGAACAAUUUCUUUUUUUUUUUUUUUUUUCUUAGUUUUUUUUUUUUUUAAUUUAUGCAAAGACGAUCAACACCAAGCAAACGAUAAACGUCAACAAAAGCCAGCAAAAACCCACAUCUCUCAAAAACGACAAACUGGCCGCCUCCAGCACACGAACUGCAACACUGGCGUGUUUUUCUAGGAACUGAAACAACCUUUUUUCUUUUUUUUCCCUUUUUCUUUUGUCCGCUACAUCCUACAUAUGUGAACAAAAAAAAAGAAAAAGAAGAAAAAAAAAACAAAUGGAAAGAAAGCAUAUAUUUAUACUUUUGUACAGAAGAGACACAUGAACCAAGACACUACUGGUGCUCUGUUUACACGCAAACAAGAUGUCGAGUCAUGUGACCGUCUUUUUCAGCUUCACGCAAACGUCGUCCCACGACGGCGACGACGCCAGAAGACGAAGGUAAUUUUUCUUUUUUAAAUAUAUAUAUAAAGAAGCGUCUUUUCACAAAAACACUCGACUUGUCUCCGGAGCACAUAAAGUAUAUGGAAAAGUUAUAUAACAGGCAUCAUUUUAAAGCUGUUAAUCAAUUGUCCUUUUUGUUUUUUGUUCUUUUUCUUUUCCACUUCUUCAUUGUGUCUAAUUUGCUAUUGGAUUCUUGAUGAUUGUCAAUUGUGAAUAGGCAAUUUUUUUUGUGUUUGUAAUUUAUGUUCUAUAUACCAAUAUUGUACAUAAAAUGUCAUUACAGAGAGAUUGAAGAGAGACUUUAGACUGUUAAAAAAAAAGAGUGGAUCCCUGAAGUGCUAUCUAUAUGUUGGGCGAUUAGAGUCCGCAGGUAAUAAAUUAGGAUUUUUAAAAAGACAGACUCCCUAUUGGUAUUGAAAUAUAUAAAAGCAUCUUUAUGUGGUCUGGAAAAGACACAAAGCAACUUUAUCAAAUCAGCCUGCAUUUCUGUUUGAGCUGGUGGAGGUUUUGGUUCAAGACACGCGCUCCUUGUAGCUCCUAUAAUG